UCUCUCUCUCUCUGCUUGGCUCAGUAACUCUGUGUCUGUGGGUGCGGCGCUGUCGCUGGAGCCUGUGUUGCCCUUUGCUUUUGCUGCUGCUGGCUUCCUCUCCGGCUGCAUGUGUUAAUCCGGAGUCCGGUCCUGAGCCCGAUCCCAGCUCUGAUCCCCAGGAUCGGUUCCCAGCUCCCGGUGAAGCGAACUCCCCGCCAUGGGCACCUACGGACCGGCUAACGAGAAACUCCGGAACCUGGAGGAGAUCGAGAAGGAGAUAGCCAUCAUUCUGCAGACUGCAGCCAACGCUAUCCUGGAGAUGUCGAAGGAGAAGCCAGCAGAGCGUAAUCUGGACCGCCAUGCCCUGCAGUUCACCGCCUCUGUGCAGCGAGUAGAAAUGGAACUUUCCAGCCAGAUCCGCUACCUCACCCAGGUCGCCACGGGGCAGCCGCACGAGGGCUCCAGCUAUUCCGCCAGGAAGGAUGCGCAGAUGGCGGUCAACCGGGUGGAGUACACGCACGUCAAAGUCCGAGACCUAGCCAGGUCCUGCGACCAGAUGCUGGAGCAGCCGUGAACAGGACUGUGGGGGAGGGGGAUGGUGGGAGGGAGUGGGGGGGGGACAAGGGGAGACUGGGAGGUUGGGGGAAGGGGUGGUCAAUGAGGUUUAUGAGGAACCUUUCUCUCUCUCUCCCCCCCCAUCGACCUCUACAUUCUUUGUUCUCCACCCCACAUCCCCCUCCCCUCCCCCAGCUUGUAGACUGUGGAGCCUCCCCCAACCUUCACCCCUGCCCCUCCCCUGCCUCCAGGUCCGGGGGGUUUAUUGGGGUUGGGGCUCCUUUCAGAAGGAGCCUUCUGUCCUCAGCGUCAUCUCAACCCUCUCACCCCACCCUCACCCCACCUCACUCAGACCCUCACCAAAGAGGGCAUUUACUCUCACCCCACCCCUGUCUCUCUGUCACUCUCUCUUUCUCUUUCGCUCUGUCUCUCACUCUCUGUCUCCCUCUCUGUGUGUGUCUCUCUCUGUCUGUCUCUGUCUCUGUCUCUUUUUCUCUGUCUCUCUCUCUGUCUCUUUUUCUCUGUCUCUCUCUCUGUCUCUUUCUCUCCCUCUCUGUGUCUCUCUGUCUCUCACUCUCUCUGUCUCUCUUUCCGUCUCACUGUCUCUCACUCUCUCUCCAUCUCUCUUUCUGUGUACCCACCCAUCUCUCUCUGUGUCACAUCCACCCCCACUCCAUCUUUCUUUGUCACUCUCUCUUUAUGUCUCUCGCUCUCUCUCUCUCUCCCUCCUCCCCCACCCCAUCUCUCUCUCCUCCCCCAUCCCAUCUCUCUCUCUCUCUCUCUGUUUCUCUCUUUAUCUCUGGCUUUCUUUCUCUCUCUCUUAAUUCCUCUCUCUUUCACUCUCUUCAACCCCUCCAUCACCCCCAGCCUUAACUCUGUCAGCCCCACUCUGCCCCUAACCCUCCCAACAACACUGGCUCUUCCCCGUGACCCUCACGCCCUUGGGGGGGGGGGUUGGGUGGUUGGCUAUGCGAUCAGACAUCGGUAAAUAUGGGCUUAAGUCUUGGUUGGUUUUCUGAUCUAUCGAACGCAGUCUCUCUCUCUCUCUCCGUCCAUCCAUCCCUCCCCUCUCACGCUCUCUCCGUCCCUCCUUCUCUCACCCUCUUGCCCUCCCUUCCUCUCUCGCCCUCCCUCUGUCCUCCAUCUCUCCGUCCCUCCCUUUCUUGCUGACCCUCCCUCUCCCUUACUCUCUCCGUCCCUCCCUCUCUCAACCCUCUCUCCGUCCUUCCCUCAUUCCGUCCCUCCCUGCUCUCUCGUAUUCUACUUGCAGUGGUUAGUCAGCCUAUGGAUGUGGUACUCCGAUGUUGCUGUAUCCGUGCUGUUAUUUUGAUGUUACAGUAUUGUUUUGUACUCGGGUUUCUGUAUCCGAAGACCGGGAGAGAGCCCUAGCCCCCUCUUCCGGAAUAAACAGCCUGCAGCAUG